AUGACGGCCCCAGAAAUCAUUGCCGAAAGUCUGAGGGCGACGCUGAGCACUGAUGCAAAUACGAGAAUGUCUGCCGAGCUCAAGCUCGCUCAAGAUCUCACACAGCCAGAGUCGGCUCUGGCCUUGUCACAGAUCGUACUUGGCCAGGAUGUAGAUCUCUCUCUCCGUCAGAUAAGUCAUUUCGUCCUCCUCAAGAGGUAUGUUACCGAACGAUGGUCACCGUAUUUUGGAACAUUCAAGGGUUCUGCUCCUCCAGUGGAGAUCAAGGCGCAGCUACGACAAGCUAUCUUCCAAGGCCUUUCUGACCCAAGUCGAAAGAUUCGGUCCCUUUGCGCGGUCACUCUAUCCCUCAUCGCUCAUUGCGACUGGCCUGACGAAUACCCUGAUCUCCUCGACAACAUUUUGACUCUGUUAUCGUCCGGAGCGACUGACGCGAUUCAUGGUGCCAUGCAGGUUUUCACUGAAUUCAUCAAGUCAGACUUGACCGAAGACCAAAUCCUUCCCAUAUUGCGCCAACUUCUCCCUGUCUUGCUUUCUAUCCUGGGCUCGACAGAGAGCCAUACCCCGCUAACUCGUUCACGGACAGUGUCUGUAUUUCGGCAAUGUACAUCCGCGCUAUUCAUGGUCAAGGACCAGCACCCACAAGCUGUUAAAGAAGCCACCGCAUCCGUUCUCCCCGUAUGGCUCGAGGCGUUCAAGGUCCUUCUCUCUAUCGAUCCUGCACAAGAUCUCUCAUCACCCACCUGGGACGGCCUUUCCGUACGCAUCCAAGUCUAUAGAACUCUGGACAUCCUCCACACCUCAUUCCCCAAAGUGCUGACUCCCUAUUUACCCGACCUGCUCAGUAUUUCGGUCGACCAUCUUCAUAAGCUAUCAGCCCCCUUUACACAAUAUUAUCUAUCCUCGGACGCUGACCCGGUGCCGGGGACAUCCGAAGACGAAUCCAUUGACUUAUCGCAGUUAAUAUGUCCGAUCCUGGAUUUCGUAGGUGCCGUCACGAGGGGCGGCAAAGCGAGAAAAUGGUUCGACGAGACCAAUACGACUAUGUUGGUUUCUGCGGUGUUCACCAUAACACAGAUGACGACAGAAGAGGAAGAUACGUGGGCUUCGAACGCGAAUGCAUUCGUUGCGCAAGAAGAUGACGAAACAGCAUACAGCGUUCGUGUAGCAGGCUUUGAUCUGCUGGGUUCUUUGAUCGACAACGACCCAGCGCGGACCGUCAAGGUUUUCCAGGCUGUGAUGCAGGAAGUUGUCCGAGCAUCUACUCAAUCCAGGGAAUCCGGGAAUCAAGAUUGGUGGCGUUUUCUGGAAGCUGCUUUGGCUGCUUUCGGUUCUCAAGCGGAGUCCAUUUUGGAUUGCAUUGAAGACGAACAAGACUCUGGAAGAGAGAAGCCAGUGGAUAUCGAAGCCCUGCUUGUCAAUGUUAUCCCAUCCGUGCUUCAACUCGCAGAAUACCCUUUCUUGCAAGGCCGAGCGUUCGUCUUCGCCAGUCAAUAUGCGAAGUUGCUUCCUUUGCAGUUGGCCGGGCAAUACCUCGAGGCUGCAAUCCACGUCAUUGAAGCUUCCGAACCUGGAAUCCCCGUGAAGAUUUCUGCGGUGAAGGCCAUUCAUAAUUUCUGCCAAGGAGGAGAAGAAUCCGCUAUUGAGCCAUUUGUCGUGAGAAUAGCGAAGGAUCUGGGGCCCUUCUUGAUGAUGACUUCCGAAGAUACCUUAACCUUAGUAUUAGAAACCUUGUCGGUGAUACUGCAAGUCGCAAAGGGUAGUUGGGUGACACCAGAGCUUGCUGAUAGCAUCGUAAUUGCUAUGAUUGAGGUAUGGUCGAAGAACAACAAAGAUCCUAUAUUCGUAUCCAUGUUCACCGACAUCAUGGAGCACCUUGCAUCCUCCACCGUCCCCGAAGUCUAUCCGACCGUCGUCAAGCAGGCGCUUCCUACGCUUUGCAGUGCAAUUGCUACAGCAAAGCCCGAGGAAUCUUGGGUAGCAAGCUCUGCGAUCGAGCUUGUUAGCAGUCUUGUCGAGGGGUCCCCGCAGAGUGGACUCGGCGAAGGAUUCUUCGCACUACUGGCGCCUUCGUUAUUCAGUUGUCUCGUGGAAGCCGAAGACAGAGAUGUUCUACAGGUGCAUUGCAACCAGCUCCUCACUUGGAGCGAUGGAAGUGGUCGCCAAGGCUUGGAACAUGUUCUCGUCGUCGUUGCCAAAUUGCUACAAAAUGAAGAUGAAUCAGGGGGCCUAGUUAUUGGUGACCUUAUCAUCCACCUUCUUCGAAAUACUGGCGACGCUAUACUCCCUGUGUUACCCGAGCUAUUACAAGCUAUGCUGGCUCGAAUGACAAGCGCCAAAACGGCUACAUUCUUGCAGUCGCUUGUGGUACCAUUUACGUAUCUCAUCUACAAACAACGGGAUACGGUCCUAUCGUUGUUGGAAUCGACAAAUAUCAACGGACGGUCAGGCUUGGACAUCUUCAUACAGACUUGGUGUGAAAACGCCGAAACAUUCCAGGGCUUCUGGCCAUCCCGCCUCAGUACAAUCGCGUUAACACAACUAUUUGUGUCAGAACGACCUAGCCUGCAGAACCUCAUCGUCAAGGGCGAUAUCAUCAUCAAGCCAGAAACAAAAAAUGUCAUCAUGACGAGGUCUCGAACGAAGCAAAUCCCCCAAGAGUUUACUUCAGUACCUUUCCCUGUGAAGGCGUUGAAGAUCAUCUUACACGACGUCCAUUCUGGGGGAGAAGCCGCCACCUUCGCGCCCACCGACAAUGAAGCGUACGACGUUGAUUCUGACGAUGGAGAUGAGGGUUGGCAAGACGAAGGUGGACAAGGACCUCCAAGGGACGACGAGUUUGCUUUCCUGUCGGAAUUAAUCGGGCCAAAAGGCAUGGCAUUCGAUAACGACGAUGUCCUUGAUGACAGCGAUGACGAGGAUCUGAAGAACGACGAUAUUUCAACACUGGACUUGCAGGCGCACUUGAAGACAUUCUUCACCGAAUGUGCUGCGCGAAAUACUAGCAAUUUCUCGGCCAUGGUAGAUCAGAUGACCCCAGAGGAAAUAAGGGUGAUUCGGAGGCUCGUUGAACUUUGA